AUGGGAAAAACAUCUACUGGAAGGAAAUUUAAAACAUGUUCCUUGUUUAAAAGAAGUAAUCGAAAAAAAGAAGUAGUAAACGUUCAACCUUACACAGGAGAGGGGCAUAUAGAAAUGUUGACCCGACUGAGGCAUGAAUUCGAUACCCGAUUUAGUGACUUCAACAAAAUUGAAGCGAUUGCUCAGUUUGUAUCUUAUCCGUACAUGCCCCUCGAUGCAGAAAGCUUAUCCCAAACCAUCGAACAGCAUUUCAGCGAAAGCAGAGCAGAGACUGAAUUAGAAAUAGUCACACUGCAGAAUGAUUUGUGUUUGAAGAGCGUUGCCGGAAAUGAAAAUUUUUGGUGUCUAGUGUCCAAACAGAAAUACCCAAUCCUAGUCAAUGUAGCUUUGAAAAUUAUUGCCCUGUUUUGUUCCACCUACCUUUGUGAAUCAACGUUUUCAAACAUGAAGUUCAUUAAAAACAAAUACAGAAACCGACUAACGGAUGAACAUUCCCAGAUAGCAUAUAAACUUGUGGCAAGUUUGAUUCUUCUUUGA